UGGGCUUAUUAUUUAAAGCAGACAUACUUAAAUAAGCAGAAAGAGAUGCUCAUUUGACUCUGGAGGGAGCCCAUUUAACACUGGUUUACAACAGAGAAGAGUCAGAAUGAAGUGUUUCAAGUAUUUCUUCCUUGCUGCAUUUAUUACCAUUUUUGAGCAUUGUAGAGGCCAGACCUGUGUGGUAGAUAAUUUUAAAGUGAAGGAUGACUUUGAAUUUAACAGGUAUGCGGGAAAAUGGUAUGCUGUCAGCAAAAAGGACCCUGAAGGCCUGUUCCUACAAGAUAAUAUCUCCGCCGAAUACACAUUAGAUGGGGAAGGUACAAUGACUGCAUCAUCCAAAGGCAGAGUUAAACUUUUUGGGUUCUGGCUGAUUUGUGCAGAUAUGGCUGCUCAGUACUCAGUACCAGACCCAACCACACCAGCUAAAAUGUACAUGACUUACCAAGGUUUGGCCAGCUACUUAUCAAGUGGAGGAGACAACUACUGGGUCAUUGAUACCGACUAUGAUAAUUAUGCAAUCACCUAUGCUUGCCGUACUCUUCAUGAAGAUGGAACAUGUAAUGAUGGGUAUUCCAUCAUAUUCUCACGCAAUCCACGUGGAUUUUCUCCAGCUAUUACAAGGAUUGUACGCCAAAAACAGGAGGAGAUCUGUAUGACUGGACAGUUUCAGACAGUUCUUCAAUCAGGAGCCUGCUAGAACGUAUUGUUGUCAAGAACUUUUUCCUUAUCUCUGGGGUAAAAAGAACUGGUCUGUCUUGACAGGAUGACUUAAGAAAUACAAAAGUUGUUCAUAUAUCAAAGAUUUUUUUCAGAGUGCAAUUAUGUGUUUAACGGUUAUUUAGAUACAAAUUAUUGUUUGAUUGUAUGUCAUAACGUUUCCUUUAAACAUUCUGUUUUUAGAUGUUAAUAUGUCACCAGAUUUUGGUAAAAUAGAUAGUUUAAUGGGAAGCUUGACCAAGAAUACAUUUUUUGUAUCAUUGUGACCAAUUGUUAUGGAUUUAUUCCAGUACAUAUUGUACGCAAGUAAAAUGUGUUAUUAAAAAAUUUGACUACA